CAUGCUGCUGCCAGGUCCAGAGUGUCUCAUGGGUCCCUGUACGGCCUCCCAUUGCUGCUGUCUCCAUCGCCACAACUCUGCCAUGUGCCACUUUCAGGUCUCCUCACACUGCUGGUGGUUCCAUUUUGUCAUAGGGUGCUGGCAGAUUACGGGCCUCCCAUUGCUGCUGCCAGACCCGUAAUCUGCCAUGGGGCCCCUGUACCGCCUCCUCAUGCUGCUGCCAGGUCCAGAGUGUCUCAUGGGUCCCUGUACGGCCUCCCAUUGCUGCUGUCUCCAUCGCCACACUCUGCCAUGUGCCACUUUCAGGUCUCCUCACACUGCUGGUGGGUUCCAUUUUGUCAUAGGGUGCGUAUGGGCCCCUUGCUGCUGCCUCUACCCCCACACUGUGGCUCCCACACUCUGGUUUUGGGGCCCCUGGGGCCCCCAAAGGUGGAAGUG